AUGGGUGUCUUUGGGAUGGGUGUCUUUGGGAUGGGUGUCUUUGGGAUGGGUGUCUUUGGGAUGGGUGUCUUUGGGAUGGGUCUCUUUGGGAUGGGGGUCUUUGGGAUGGGUCUCUUUGGGAUGGGGGUCUUUGGGAUGGGUCUCUUUGGGAUGGGUGUCUUUGGGAUGGGGGUCCUGGAGCAUCCUGGGGCAGAUCAACACUGGAUUGGAAGCACUUCAGUGGGAUGUGAAAAUAUGAAUCUGCGGCCCGUUAGCUUCUGUCCAUCCGCUCAUCCAGAGAUCCAGCCGUCGCACCCGCACAAAGAUAACCCCUCGACCCCGCUGGCGGCCCUAAUCCCCCCCUUUUCGCCCCCUUGUUUUUUUCCCACAACGAAACAAGUGUAUAGCAACCUGCCUCCACAUCACAUGGCCACUUCAAAGACCCGGCCAAUCCUCCGCCAGGAUCAGCGAUGCAAGAGCGGCGUGGCUCAGUGUGUUUGA